AUGUUUCCCAACAAGUUAACAGUUGCAGCGUUUGCAACACUCGCAUCGUUGAUAGUGGUCGAUGCAGGCCCAUGUCGGCCAUCGCCAUCCUCAGUCGUUACCUCUUCUGCUUCCGAAUCUGCUUCAUCCACCUUUUUGGCCGAGACGAGCACCGGGUCGUUCACCACUUCCGUAAUUAGCAGUGUGAUCACUGAAACUGGAAUAUCUGUGACGGCCUUGAGCAGUGAGACUAUUACCUCCACUAUCAGCACCGAAACCUCAACGACUGGCUCCGAAGCUGCAACAUCAGCCGCUGAGGAUACAACCACGACGACCGCCGAGGGCGAAACAUCGACUACGGCCAUCAGCAGCGAGACUACUACAGCCAUAGCCACCACUGAAAGCUCAACCAUUGUCCCCGAGAUUACAACCGCGACCACCACAACCGUCGAAGGAGAGCCGACUUAUCUCAUCAAUCCCAACUUUGAGGAUGGCACAACUGCGCCAUGGAUAGUGACGCCUUACCCGAACCCCUUCAGCCUCAGCGACCAGAGCAAGGAAGGCCCUGCAUCCGGACGUCAACUGUUUGGACCCGGAACCGGCCCCGGCUCGGAUUACAAGAACUAUUUCUACCAAGAGCUUGACAAGAAAUCCCUCAGAGCAGGCCGCUACUCCCUCAAAGGCUACGUUCGCGUCGACCAGAUUAUCGACGAUAACAGUAACAAUGGAUGCUCCAUGAUAGGCGCUCACUGUCUCGCGGGGCCUGCAGAUAACCUCAACAACCUGCCAGGGGAUAGCGGGGAUGCCGGUGAAACUGGUUAUUAUCUGGAUUGGUACCAGUUUGACGGGCAAUGCACGUUUACUGAAGAGGUUCUGGCCCAGUAUGACCAGUUUGGUGUUGGUAUUGGAUUCAAGUGUCUUAACACAGGUGUCAACGUCGAUGCAGUGUCCUUUGGGCCAAUUUAG